CACGUAACAUAACAACGCGAUUACAAAGUGUUCUUUUUGUUAGACGAGCGAGCUCAGCACGACUUUUAAGGCAGGUUUGUAAUGUAGUUUGCGCUGUGCCGCUCACCUUUUGCCACGAAUUCUGUGUGUCGACGCGUGUGUUGAAGAGCGUGCAAUUGAAUUAGCAAACACCGGACUAACGCAAAGAAGUCGCAUUAACAGUGCAAAGACGAAGCUGUAUACAAGCCCAUUUAAGUAAGUUAGACUUAGAUUGCGAGACAAGCUAAUACUAAGUCAGACGGCUAACCGAUUGUCGGCGCAGUGACAGGGAUAAUCGCUGUUUGAGAACGUCACAUGAAAACAGGGACGGCAAACGAAUACAGAGACGCAGCUUAAAUUGUAUCUAGAUUCUAGUAGAUACAUUCGUCAUGGCGAUUAUACGUUUAUGGUGAAAAAGAGCUUAAAAAAUAAACAGUUAACAAAACAACAACGCGUUGAAAAAGAAGUACAACAAAAAGUCGCACAGCAAAAGCAAAUAGAGUCGCGAGUGCGAGCAAGUGAUCGUGCGCGCUCUAGCUGUCUGGCUGCGCUGCCUCGCAGUUGGUUGAGUGUAGCGCCAAAGAAAACACGAAAACGUAGAAUGAAAAGUUCAUGAAACAGUGCAGAUCAGCAAGUUGGCCAAAGUUGGCCGGGUUAGUACAGCAGUGCGGUCGGUGACGCGCGUUCAGUGGUACGUCGGUUGGCGUUCAAACAAUUAUUGUUUACUGUCGCUUGAGCUCAGUUGGGUCGUGUUGCAAAUGCAGACUUUGUGUGUAACGCAGGAAAGGCAGGAGGAUAGAUUACAGAAAUUAAUUAAAAUAUAGAAGACACAAAAAGUUUUUAGAUUAAAAAAGUUAAUAAAUUAAGUAGGUGAGAAGUGUGGAAAAAGUUUAAUGAGAAGCGUGUGCCCCUUUUUCGUAGCGACUUUCGUGAAAUAUAACACCAACAACACAAAAAAAAAAAACGAAAAUCUUAACAAAAAAGUGGCUUACGCGAAUUGCAAAAGUGGACGCAACAGCAAAAACACCAAAAAACACAAAAAAAUACGUUGCUGUGGCAGCCAAGUUAGGGCAGCGCGGUGCAGUGAAGGGCGCUGAAGUGAAGUGAAGUGCAGAAAAGUGCAACACAAGUGAAUGUGCGCGCAGUCGUCUUGCGUCGCCAGCCGGUCGAGUGCAGCAGCGCGCAGUUUACGUUUAUUUCCACUGCGUUUUUUGCCAAGUAGCAAUUGAUUAUUUUUUGCUGUGGUUUGCGGUUUUUAUUAGCGAAGUCGCUGAUCGAUCGUCGAUUAACGGCGCUGGCGGCGACAAGCGCGUAAAUUGCAAUAAGCAAGCAGCAACAAACAACGCGCGGCCAGUGGGACGGACGGAUUGCCAAGCGGCGACGGUCGAAGACGUUGCCAAAAAACGCAUAAAAAACUGCAAUGAAAGGCUUUUAGCUUUCAGCAUUUAGCAUUUAGCUUUCGGCUUUCGGCUGCUUUCGAACAAUAACGCUGAGAGUUUGCGUGAAUAAACACUUAAAAAACGGCAGACGAACAGCCAAACAAAGGAGAUUUGAAUAUUAAUGACAACUUUCUAACUUUUCGAACUUUGUUGGCUCGUAAAGUUAAAGUUGCAGUGCGCGUGUCGGAAUUUUCGUCACCUGUACGCUGGAGACGAGUGUUUGUCAGGAAUUGCAGCAGCAAAUUGGGUCACUGAUUGUCGGUUUCGGUUAACUCAAGGCACAGAGUUCGGUUGGGAAACGUAGGCGCUUAAAUUGAGCUUGGCAUAUAACCUUUUCUCGCGUGUGGACAGUUGUGAACUUGUGCAACACAAUUAGGACGACAACAACCACAGCAACAUCACAGCGGAUGCGAAGCGACGAUAGCAGCACGAUUACAAACGGAUAUCACGAAAAGUACGGAAGAUACACCACAAACAGAGACCACGGAAGGUACAGAGCAGCUGCAAGUGGGUAGCGGGUAGCAAAAGGCACGGGAAGAGCACGAGAGCAGCAGAGACCGCAGUAGGCUACGCAUACGGCAGCGGAAGGGUACGCAACGUAAUAAACGCAUCGCCAAAAACAUGUUGGCUGCAGCAACAACAACAUUGACAACAACCAAAACACCCACCGCUGCGAUGACAACAUUGACAACGAACGGCACUACAAUGCCGACCACGAGCAUGCUGAUGACAACAACAACAACAACUACAACAGCAAUGACCGAUAAAGCACGAAGAGUUACUAAACAAACAACACACAACGCACAAACAGUAAUAACAACAGCAGUAAGGACAACAACAGGCACAGGCACAGGCAGCAGAUCAGCUACAACAACAACAGCGACAGCAACAAUUACCUCAGAUCCAGGCAUUUUAUGCUUUCAUCAUUGCAAUGUAAAAGUUUUCUGCUUCCACUUGCCACAUCGUUGCCCCAAAUGCAAACAAGUAUUAGACACCGGUGUCGAUGUGGACGGCAAGAAUGAUGCGGCCGCUGCGGCUGACGACAACGAGGAGGACGUUGUACGUGGUAAUGAAUUGGUUAGCAAUGGCUGCAACGGUGAACGCACACGUGCCGUUAACGGUGUGCCUGUUGGUGUUGUUGGCUCCACGCGUUUGUUGCCUUUUCGCUUGCCCUAUCCGUUCAUACGUGCCUCGCAAUAUCCCUGUGCGAUUGUUUUACGUCCGACCACAGGCGAUUUUCUCAACGACUACAACAACUCAACCGAUUUGCAUAUUGCCGUGACGACCUCAACGGGCUGUGUUGUGGAAUUCGAUCGGUAUGGCUUGCGGCGCCACCGGCCCGAUAAUACACGCAUGUCCGAUUGGUGGCAAUGUCUGCUGGUCGGCGAUGUCCCCGAACCAUGGUAUGACUAUUGGGAUGAUAUGUUGCAGCAGAUUUGCAAUCAGCCGGAUCGCUGGACCGUCUCCCAUUACCAGGAGGAUAGCCACAAUUGUUACACAUUCGUAUUGGCAUUCCUGCAGGCGCUCGCCUAUGACAAGCUCAGCGCUGCCGCACGCUCCAAAACCAGUUUCUGUGAGAAAUAUAUAGUUCCUAGAACCACAACGGCCGGCAAGUAUAUAUCCUUGUAUCGCAAGUUGCGUGAUACGGGCAUUUAUGUGCAUCCACAUCCUCAUCAUCAACACUAUCAACACCAAAGGCAUUUGUUGCUUAACGGCAAACAACAGCAACACCAACACUCCUAUAACCAGCAGCAUCUACAAGUGAAGCCGUCACGUGGCAAGUCGAGAAACAAUGGACACUUGAAUGGCCAUGUGGGUGCCACAUCCGCUCUGCUGACCAACGGCGGCAAGGCGACCAGUAUCAUUUUGCGUGCACCCAAUCUCUGCACCAUCGAAGAGUGAGUCGCACCAGCACUCUUACAACAGUUCUUUAGUAUCGGUUCCUCAUCCAUCCUCUCAUUCACUCAAUCAUUCAUUUAGACCAUUUCAUUAAUUUGCAUAUGUACUUAGUAGGCGCUUGGCAGCAAUGUGUUAAGCAAUUAUGUAAUUGAAUAUGCGUUGAUGGCGCGCUUUAGAUACCACUACAAAAACACUGCCUACUUAACGAGUUGCUGUCAGGCAAAUGCACUAGUUAAGAACUGGUUUGUUACUUGUUAUUUUCGUUUUCAUAGAAGCUCUUAAAGCUGUCGAACGCCUUUCGGUACUUCCAAGCUCGCACAAAGUGUUCAAAAGCACGGCAAUCAACAAAUAAUAAGUGCGUGUUUCAAGCUCUGGGCUAACGAGAACCUUCGUACUAGUACGAAGUAUUCGAAGUAUUUAAAAAAUCGUCAAUCCACACUUAGAAAGUUCAUGUUUCAGUCGUUUAAAGAUAUCGUACCCCUUUCGGUACCUUAGAACUAGUCGAAGUGUUCAAAAGCUCGGGAAUUCACAAGUAAUAAGUUCGUGUUUCAAGUUUUUAACCUUUCCAGCACUUCCGAACUAACACGAAGUAUGCCAAACCCCGGCAAACCACUAAGAAAGAAAUAGUUGUUCAAAUAUUGCGGGAAACGCGAAUUAUGGCACUAAUUCCUAAACUAACCACUCAAGUUCUGAUAACUUGAAUACAUUGCGAAAUAUUCCGUGUUCUGAACCAUUAGCUUGCCUGAUUGCUCACCAAUUAUCGUUUCCCUACUGGGUAGUUACCGUUACGCAUACUGCUGCAUAUUUGUCAAUAUUCCGUCGAUGAGAGACUCUGUCGAUGAGAGUGCCACUUUCUAUCAGCCUUCAGCAUCCAGCUUACGUUCCUCAAUAUUGCAUCCUUUGUUCGCAUCCAUUGUUUGCAACAAAUACACUUCGUUUUAGUAGUUUUUAUUGUUUUCUUCGUUGCUGCACAUUUUUAUGGUGUAUUUUUUCCAACAUUGUGUUUCUAUUUUUCAA